AUGGCAUCUGCACCCACAUACCAGGAGGGCGAGGCGAAGCACCGCUUCGACCCCAACUUCACCGACGCUGUCAUCAACGCCAUCGGCCCCAAGGUCGACGACCGCACACGCUUCGUCAUGAGCUCGCUGAUCCGCCACCUGCACGACUUCACCCGCGAGGUCGAGCUGACCAACGAGGAGUGGUUUGAGGGUGUCCGCUUCGUCAACUCCAUUGGCAAGACCACAACUGCCUCGAGAAACGAGGCCCACCGCAUCUCCGACGUUCUGGGGCUAGAAUCGCUGGUCGACGAGAUCGCCCACAAGCACAUCAACGAGUCCGGCGAGGCGCCCACAUCAAGCACAAUCCUCGGCCCCUUCUGGUCGCCGCACUCGCCCUUCCGCGAGCUCGGCGAGUCCAUCAUCACCGACCCGCACCCCGACGGCCAGGUCACGCUGAUGCACGGCGUGGUGCGCGACCUCGACACCAAGAAGGGCAUCCCCGGCGCCGUCAUCGACAUCUGGCAGGCCAGCGCCAACGGCAAGUACGACUUCCAGGACCAGGAGAACCAGAAGCCGAACAACCUGCGCGGCAAGUUCACCACCAACGAGAACGGCGAGUACUGGUACUACUGCUACAAGCCGACCGCGUACUCGCUGCCCAUGGACGGCGCUGCGGGCCAGCUCUUCAAGACGCUCGACCGCCACCCCUUCCGCCCCGCACACAUCCACUUGAUGGUCACAGCCGAGAACUUCAAGCCGCUGAUUACCCAGCUGUACCCCCGCGACGACCAGUGGGUGCAGAACGACACCGUGUUCGCGGUCAAGGACGAUCUGCUGCUCGACUUUGAGCCCAGCAAGGACAGCAAGGCCAAGUUCGACCUCACCUACAACGUCACGCUGGCGCCGUCGGGCGCUAAGACUGGCCGUCUGGAGGGCAUUCCGCGUCUGCCGAACGUCACAAUGCGCGUCCCCUACGCCCCCAACACCCCCCAAACCCCCGCCGCCGAACCAGUCUACGCCCGCAUAUCCGCCCGCCGGCACCCACGCCCGCUGAUCCCGCUCGACCUCGCGCUGCUCCACAACCCCGCCGUCGCCGACGGGUGGUCCUCGUUCCUCGGCGCGAUCCGCACGCAAACCAGUGUGCCAGCGGGGCUGCGCGAACUCGCGAUCAGCCGCGUCGCGGUGCUGAACCAGGCGGGCCACGAGUGGGACGUGCACGCGCGGCUGGCGCUGGGCGCGGGCGUCAGCGAGGCCGCCAUGCGCACUGUGUUCGAUCUUCCAUGUUUAGGUGGCGAGCAGGCUGAGGCUGAAGGCCAGAGGCUGGAGGACUUGUCAGAAGAGCAGCGGGCGGUGCUGCGCUAUACCGAUGAGAUGACGCGCCACAUUCGCGUUUCCGAGCCGGCGAUGGCGGCGCUGAAGGAGGUGCUGGGUGAGACCCAGGUGGUGGAGCUGACGGCGACGGUGGCGGCGUAUAAUUGCGUCACCCUGGUCCCUCGCCUCGCACGCUCGCUCCGCCACGCCCGGAUUGCGCCCCUCGGGAUCCGCCACGCGUCGACCAAGCACCCCGCCAACUUCACACCACCGUCACAGAGCGACCUUGAUGAGCUGCGUGAGAGCGUGCAGGAGUUUGCGCGGCGCGAGAUCCCUGAGGAAGUCGCCGCACGCACUGACCGCGACAAUGCCUUCCCCAACGACAUGUGGCGCAAGUUCGGCGAGGCGGGCUUCCUCGGCAUCACAGCAAGUGAGGAGUACGGCGGCCUCGCCAUGGGCUACCAGGCCCACUGCGUCGUCAUGGAGGAGUUGAGCCGCGCCAGCGGUAGCAUCGGACUCAGCUACGCCGCCCACAGCCAGCUGUGCGUCAACCAAUUGAUGCUCAACGGCAACGAGGAGCAGAAGAAGAAAUACCUCCCCGGCCUCAUCAGCGGCGAGCGCAUCGGCGCCCUCGCCAUGAGCGAACACUCGGCCGGCAGCGACGUCGUCAGCAUGAAGACCACGGCCGAAAAGGUCGACGGCGGCUACCUCCUCAACGGCACCAAGAUGUGGAUCACCAACGGCCCAGACGCCCACACCAUCGUCGUCUACGCCAAAACAGAGCCCACCGCCGCGUCCAAGGGCAUCACCGCCUUCAUCCUCGACACCAACAGCCCCGGCUUCAGCGUCGCCGCCAAACUCGACAAACUCGGCAUGCGCGGCUCCAACACGGGCGAACUCGUCUUCGACUCCGUCUUCGUCCCCGACGCCAACGUCCUCGGCCCCGUGAACCGCGGCGUGCGCGUGCUAAUGGAGGGCCUGGAUCUCGAGCGCCUGGUGCUGUCCGCAGGCCCACUGGGGCUGAUGCGCGCCGCGCUCGAUACCGCGCUGCCGUACACGCACACGCGCACGCAGUUCGGCAUCCCGAUCGCGCACAACCAGCUCGUCCAGGGCAAGCUCGCAGACAUGUACACCAAGUACCGGGCCAGCGCGGCGUUUACAUACGCAGUCGCGCGCGCCGUCGACGACGGGUUCGAGGCGCCUGUCGUGCGCACGCAGGACUGCGCCGGCGCGAUCCUGUACGCUGCCGAGCGCGCGAGCGAGGUCGCUGCCGACGCCGUGCAGUUGCUCGGCGGCAUGGGGUAUAUGAGCGAGGUCCCCGUGGGGCGGGUGCUGAGGGACGCGAAGUUGUAUGAGAUCGGGGCGGGGACGAGCGAGGUGCGGCGGAUGGUGAUUGGGCGCGCGUUUAAUAAGGAGUAUGCGGCGUCGUAG